UCCUUUCCGUAUUCUACCUGCUCAUUGUAGGUCAUGAGACCAAAGUGUUUGAUCCCUGUGAACUGUUUUAUCUACUGAGAAGUUAUGGAAUGGACUCCUAUACAUGGACUGGCUUACAUCAAUUUGUUUGUUUGGCUACAUUUGCAAGUAACUUGACUACCAACUACUUUACAAGUGAAGGCGACCAUCCAUACUAUGGAUUAUUCCGACUGAAUGGUGCUAAAUGGUGCAGUAAUGGGAAGCAAGCCUCAAAGAACAAAUGCAGCAUUGCCUGUGAUAAGUUCCUAGAUGAGGAUAUUAAAGAUGACACUGAGUGUGUGAAGAAAGUUAUUGGAGACAAGGAGAUAAUCAGUUCAAAGCAGUUCUCUGAAUGGCCACUCUAUGAGAAGCACUGUGGUGUGGAAGCAAUCACCAUAAUUGCUUUACGGUGUGUAAUGUUUUUCCCAAUGAGUGAAUGGUUCCAACAACUGCUGAAGAAAAAGAAAGAGAACCCAUUACACAUAAAGGUUCAUAAAUGAUGGUCAAUACUUCUUGUUUUCAUGUUGUU